AACAUUGCUCUUUUGUUGAGCAAACUCCUCCUAAAUUCUCAGGAAACUCUCAACGUCUAGGUUCCUGCUGGUACUUACCACAGCGCCUGAGAGAGGGGACAGAGCUCUCAGCACCCAGACUGCUGCAAAGCUCACAGGCAUUCAGCGUUUCACACAGGAGCUCUCCUCACCACACUAAAGGCUUUUGCUUCAGUUUCUCUGUGUAGCCUUGGCCACGUUGGAACUCACCCUAUAGACCUGGAUGACCCUGAACUCAGAGAGCCUCCUGCCCCUGCCUCCCAAAUGCUGGUAUUAAAGGUGUGCACCACCAAGCACCCAGCUUUAGGCAGGUUUUCUAUAGGAGCCACAGCAGCUCUGACUUCGUGAGUUCAAAGACCCUCUCACGUUCCAGAAGAUAAUGUUUCACUUCGACACAAUGACUGUGCUGCGGGUGAUAUUUCUGGCAUAAAUCCUACAGUGCACCAAACUGAACCAAAGCUUUGGGAGGAGUACUCAACUCCGGAGCAACACAGGACAAGCAUGGUUCUGGAAGAAUCUGCCAGCCAAACACGGGUCCAGCCAAAGGAGCCUCAGUAAACAAGUCAGGCCAUAACACAAGCAGUGAUCACAGAGGAAAGACGGCACACAGAAUGAAAAAAAUACUUAGCAGGUUUCACUGAGGCAACCAACUGAGUGAGUGAAAGUAGGAGCAAUACCCCUGCUUGCUGAAGACUCCAGUUAAUACGUACAUGGCCUGAUAAGAGCAGACAGUCAUCUGUAGGGAAAUGUUGGAGUGAGACAAAAGAAGGCCUGAAGAUGGCCUCAGAGAUCCACAUGGUGGAACCCAUGUGCCUCAUUGAGAACACUGAGGCUCAGCUAGUGGUCAACCAGGAGGCUCUGAAGAUCCUGAAAGCCAUCAAGCAGCCUGUGGUGGUGGUGGCGAUCGUGGGCCUCUACCGCACAGGAAAAUCAUACUUGAUGAACAAGCUGGCUGGGAAGAAAACAGGCUUUUCUCUGGGUUCCACAGUGCAAUCUCAUACCAAGGGGAUCUGGAUGUGGUGUGUGCCUCAUCCUAAGAAGGCAGGGCAAACCUUAGUUCUGCUGGACACUGAGGGCCUUGAAGAUGUUGAGAAGGGAGACAACCAGAAUGACUGCUGGAUCUUUGCGUUGGCAGUCCUCCUCAGCAGCACCUUCAUCUACAACAGCAUAGGAACCAUCAACCAGCAGGCCAUGGACCAGCUGCACUACGUGACAGAGCUGACUGAUCUAAUCAAAUCAAAGUCAUCACCUGAGCAGGGUGGCGUAGAUGACUCUGCUGACUUUGUGGGCUUCUUUCCAGUCUUUGUGUGGGCUCUAAGAGAUUUCUCCCUGGAGCUGGAAGCUAAUGGAAGACCUAUCACUGCUGAUGAGUACCUGGAGAAUUCGCUGACCCUGAAAAAAGGAGAUGAUAAGAAAACUAAAAGCUUUAAUGAGCCUCGACUGUGCAUCAGGAAGUUCUUCCCAAAGAGGAAGUGCUUUGUCUUUGACAGGCCCGCUCCGAGGAAAUACCUUUCCAAACUCGAGACGAUGAGGGAGGAGGACCUGAGUGGCGAAUUUGUAGAACAAAUUGCAGAAUUCACUUCAUACAUCUUCAGCUAUUCCAAUGUCAAGAGUCUGUCUGGUGGCGUCAUAGUCAAUGGGCCACGUCUACAGAGCCUGGUGCUGACCUAUGUCAAUGCCAUCAGCAGUGGAGAACUACCCUGCAUGGAGAAUGCUGUCCUGACUUUGGCCCAGAUAGAGAACUCAGCUGCUGUGCAAAAGGCCAUUGCCUACUAUGAAGAAAAGAUGACUCAGAAGGUCCAGCUGCCCACGGAAACCCUCCAGGAGCUGCUAGAACUGCACAGGCCCAUUGAGAGUGAGGCCAUUGAGGUCUUCAUGCAGAAUUCUUUCAAGGAUGUAGACCAAAAGUUCCAGAGGGAAUUAGGGAACCUGAUAGUAGCAAAGCGAGAUGCCUUUGUUCAGAAGAACAUAGACGUGUCAUCCGCUCGUUGCUCAGAUUUGCUGGAGGAUAUUUUUGGACCUCUGGAAGAAGAAGUAAAACAGGGGACAUUUUCUAGACCAGGUGGUUACUACCUCUUCCUUCAAAAGAAACAAGAGCUGGAGAAGAAGUAUAACCAGGCUCCUGGAAAGGGGCUCCAGGCAGAAGAGAUGCUGAAAAAGUACUUACAGUCCAAGGACAAUGUGGCUGAAACUCUUCUACAGGCAGAUCAGUCACUCACGGAAGCAGCAAAGGCGGUUGAAGCGGAGCGGAUAAAGGCUGAAGCUGCUGAAGCUACAAACAGAGAGUUAGCAGAAAAGCAAAAGGAAUAUGAGCUGAUGAUGGAGCAGAAGGAAAAGAGUUACCAGGAGCAUGUGAGACAGCUGAUGGAGAAGAUGCAGCAGGACCAGGAACAGUUAAUAGCAGAACAGGAAAGAAUCAUAGCUCUUAAACUUCAGGAACAAGAACGAUUUCUCAAGGAAGGAUUCCAGAACGAGAGCAGGAAACUUCAGCAAGAGAUUAACAGCAUCAAGCAUAAGCAAGGAGGUGGAAAAUGUACCAUACUCUGAAGGUUCGAGACCCAAACAUCUCUUCCCAGCUUCUACAUCACAUAAUACACCGACUGAGCACCUUCAGGCUUUGACACAACUAUUACUAAACUCAACUCAAAAUUCCAUGUAACUCCAGUCUGUGAUCGCUGUAGAAGUGGAGGUCAUCUAUGUUUUAUACCUCCUCCUGGCCUGUGUCAUACCCAGACCACAAAUGUUUCUCCUUUAUAAUCUUAAGUUUUCCUCUUUCCUACAGUAUAGCUUUGGCAAUCCAGAGCAGGCAGCUUUUUAACCAACUUGCAAAAUGAUUUCCUUUUCAUCUCUCUGAAGACUCUGACGUUUUACUACAGUUCUUCAAAACCUAAACCCUAUCUCCAUUUUCCCUUUUAACUCCCUGCUGUGACUUUAUGUCUUGAAAUCUCUCAGGAUAAAUGUCUUGGUAUAAGCUUACAGGAACACAAUAUUUCUGAAUAAAAAUUAAUAGCCCACUGAAAA